GGCACCAUGUUCACCACUCCCAGUGGCUUUAGCCCUCAUCUGGCCUGUGCUGAGCCUGGGGAGGAAGAGGAGGCCCCGCAGGAGGGCUCGGUGCCUGGGGCUUCCCUGCCCGAAGGGCCCCCGAUCACUUCUGCCUCCCUGGACACGCUGAUCCAGAACCUAGUGCCCACUGCCGAUUACUACCCCGAGAAAGCCUAUGUGUUUACCUUCUUGCUGAGUGCUCGUCUGUUCAUCUCUCCUCCGGAGCUGCUGGCUAGGGUGUGUGAGCUGUGCAUCAAACAGCAGCAGCUGGAUCAGAGCCCACUAGAUACGGCAAAAGUGCGCAAGUUUGGUCCCAAGAUCCUGCAGCUGCUGACAGAAUGGACAGAGACAUUCCCAUCUGACUUUAGGGAUGAGAAGAUGGUUGGACACCUGAAAGACAUCAUCCACAGGAUAGCUCCAUGUGAUGAGGCGUACUGGAAAACCUUGAACCAGGUGCUGCAGAAGCUCAGCCAGAGGCUGGCCCUGAUGAGCCAGGGGGAAGAGAGCAUCGUCAAAGUCUCCCUCAACGCCUCCUCCAUCUCUGACAAGCUGGUGGCCUUCAAGACCAAGCCUCCGCCCAUCCAGAAGGACAUACUGUCCAUCUGCAACGAUCCAUACACACUUGCACAGCAGCUCACCCACGUGGAGCUGGAACAUUUGAGUCAUAUCGGGCCGGAGGAGUUUGUCAAAGCCUUUGUUCAGAAAGACCCGCUAGAUGGAACAACACAGCAGCCAUGCUUCAGUGACCAGAAGAAGAAAACCUCCAACCUUGAGGCUUAUGUCAGGUGGUUCAACAGACUGUGUUACCUGGUAGCUACUGAGAUUUGCAUGCCGGCAAAGAAAAAGCAAAGAGCUCAGGUUAUAGAGUUUUUCAUCGAUGUUGCCAGAGAGUGCUUCAACAUUGGAAACUUCAACUCCCUUAUGGCCAUCAUUUCCGGUAUGAACAUGAGUCCUGUGUCACGGCUGAAGAAGACUUGGGGUAAAGCCAAGACAGCGAAGUUCUUCAUUCUGGAGCAUCAGAUGGAUCCUACGGGAAAUUUUUACAACUACAGGACUGCCCUGAGGGGGGCCGUCCAUCGCUCUCAGACUGCCAACAGCAACAGAGAAAGGAUUGUAAUUCCCUUCUUUAGUCUGCUGAUCAAAGAUAUUUAUUUCCUGAAUGAAGGCUGUGCGAACCGGCUGCCCAACGGCCACGUCAACUUUGAGAAAUUUGUGGAGCUGGCACGACAGGUUGGGGAGUUCAUGACAUGGAAACAGGUGGAGUGUCCGUUUGAGGAGGAUCGAGCCAUUCUACACUACCUCCACACUGCUCCAAUCUUCAGCGAGGACGGACUUUAUCUUGCCUCCUAUGAGAGUGAGAGUCCAGAGAACCAGGUAGAGAAGGACAGAUGGAAAGCACUCAGGUCGAACGUUCUGGCAAAGACAUGAGGUGCUGACGGCAGCUAACCCUCCCACCAGCGAGGGAGCGUGUGUUUUCAUUGCACUAAAAUGAACUGUGAAGGAACCUAGCUGGUACUUAGGUGUUGUCCCUGGAAGAAAUAACGAGAAAAAAACCCCCAUGAUGAACAGGAUUCAUCAAGAAGAGUGUAAAAAAUAAUUUAAAAAAAAGAACAUCAAAAAAUGUUUAACUAAAAAUGUUAAGCUAAGGAAACUGGAACAAAAUGCCUUUGCAGCUUAUCAGUGAUGAGGUAGAGUACGUUGGAGAGGGAUACAGUUUCCCCUCCUUCCCCCAUCUGAUGUCUGUUUACUCCAUGGACAUGUUUACUACUAUAGAGAGUAUAGUUACAGGGAAAAACACUUUAUAAGAUGAAAUUCCUACUGAUGCUAUAAAUGUUUUUGUAUUUGUUCCUCCUCCUAUUUCACCCUCUUUCUCUCCUCCUCUGGCUUGUCUAGGUAUUUAAGGUUUUGGGGACUUUUUUUUUGUUUUGGUUUACAUGUUAUGUACUGUAAUGAAACGUACAUUGAUGUGAAGGGCGCUGGCUAGCCCAUAGCAGCUGUCAAAUUUUCUAGGUCUAAUGAAGGAAUGGCAUCUGGGAAGACGGAAGACACGCUUUGACCAUUUUUACCAUUCGUCCUGUGUGUUAAUUUUACAUGUGUGUGUACAGAAUGUCUGGUUUAGCAUGAGAAUGACUGCGGAAACCUGUUUAUCUUCUUUUAUUUAUUAUUUUGUCCUGUUGGGAAAGUGUUAGAAUAUGAACCAUUUAAGACGUGUUUACUCCUUUUAAACGUAUUGUGCCAUUAAUGCAAGAAAACUUCAGCGUAGUUUCUGUCACAGCAAGAGCCAGGCCAGAUGUAGAUUGUGUAUAGGUGACAUUUUACCCCUCAUCUUUCUGCUCUUCAGGAAGUUUUCUCUUGACUGACAUUCAGUUGUCUAAUAUAUUUAUGGAGAUUUCUGUGCUGACAGAUGUAAAGUUUUUAUUGUAAUUUUCAUUUACUGAAUAUGAAGUCCAAUAGCAUGCUAUGACAGGUGUUUUUAAAGGGGCAUUAAGCGUAUCCACCUUGUAGAGAUUACUACUGCAACGCAAACUUUGCAGUGAUGAUGCACUGUUGCAUUAUGCAGCGGAAGGACAAUGAUGAUUUAUGUAAAGAGGGAACUUUGUGCCAUAUGACUCACUGGUUGUCAUGACAAGUCAGACUCCUCUGACUUGAAAAGUGUUGUUUAUCAUUUUGUGGGACUGUCACUGAGCUUUGUUUUUGCUAGGUUUGUUGUGAUACAAGAGGCUUUUUUGGGGGGGG